UUUGUAAAAUUUUAAAUGAAAUUCAUUAUUUUCAUCAUUGUAAGUUUAGUGAUAUUUAAAGUGUCAUUUUGUCAAAUGGUGUUGGUUCAAAACACAGAAGCAAAUGAACAGAACCAAUCGACUCUUGGCAAAAUGGAAUUUGAUUUUAUGGCGAUUAUGAAAGAAAAUGAAUCGUAUGAGCCCUUCGUGAAUCCAUGUCCCUUAAAAAUUUUGGGAGGGAGGAAGGCCGAUAUAACAGAAGUUCCCUACCAAGUUGCUCUACGAUAUAAAGCAGCGUUUGGAUUUUAUUGGUCAACAUUCUGUGGUGGAUCUUUAAUAACACUGAGACACGUUGUAACAGCGACGCAUUGCUUCAUCGACAUUAAUAAAAAAACAGUAAAAAAUUUAAACAACGUGAGGGCAGUGGCAGGAACUACACAAACAAUUGUAACAGUAUUCUCUAUGUCGAGGGAGCAUUGGCGAAAUGUCAAAAAAUUUUACAGACACCUGCACUAUGAUGAUAAGAUUAUGAGGAAUGAUAUCGCAGUAGUUGAGGUUGAAUAUAGUUUUAUCAAAUCAAACGCAGUUAAACCAAUCCGUUUAUAUUCCCUGGCGUUUCAUGAAAAUAUUCACAAAAACCUACAGUGCUUAAUUUCUGGCUUUGGAUUAAAAGAAAAGAAUGAGCCAUCGAAUUCGUUACAGUUGGUUUGCGUCCCAAUAAUAUCGUUCGCUGAAUGUAAUAUGUUUUAUGACGAACGAUUACUACACUCUGCGGUUAUAUGCGCGGGAUCAGAGGGCAAAGACAGUUGCUUAGGUGAUUCGGGCGGUCCUUUGGUAUGUCACGGGGUUCUGGCCGGCAUUGUAUCCUGGGGAAGUGAAUGUGGCAAAUACCCAGGAGUGUACACAAAAAUAUCACAUUACACAUCACAAAAGAUGGUACCUUUUGUACAGAAUAGACAGUUUCUUAACAAAGCUGAGUAUAUGAACUCGCUAAUGUGUUUUAUGUUUUUAUUUAUUUCAGUGACCAGUUGGAACACGUUAAUAGAACAAGUAAAAGCUAUAAAGAGUGGGCCAUUCGGGCCAUUAAGAGCACCAUCAGCUCUGCUUAUUAAAAAUGUGGCUGGAAUAUCAAAUUGCUAUCUUCCUAUUGUGUACGACCCUAUGACUGCACCUACAAACUAG